AAUAAUAAUACUAAUAAUAAACCACCAUGAGAGCUCUUGAAACAGAAGACAAUCAUCUUCACCUUCAUGACCCGGAAGAAGAAGAAGAGGAAGCUCUUUCUCUCUGUGACCUUCCUCUCGAUGAAAACGAUGGCCACAAUUUUCAAGAAACUACAACAACCCACACUAAUACUAAUACCACGCGAACAACAUCAAACGAGCCCUGCGCCCCCGAACUCUUCGAAUUUCUCACCAAUCUCAGCUCCGAAAUGUGCGACGCUGAAGAUAUAAUUUUCCGCGGAAAACUCAUCCCAUCAAAUUAUAAUGAACAAAAUCCUGCUCCUUCUCUUCAUAAUCAUCAACAACAGCAACAACAACAACUCUCGUCGAAAGGUUUUAAGAUGUCGUCGAUAUAUGAACACAAGCACGGUGCGAUUCGCCGGAGAUCGGAGUCACUUCCCGAGUUUCAGAGCUCCGGCUCAACCAAAAAUAAAAUCCUGAGAAGCAGUCGAUCAUUUGACUAUCAAAAGUUGCACCGCGUUUCGAGCUCGAAUACCUUGCCGGACUCCGACACGGAGCCGAAUUCGUCCGUAAGAAGCGUUGGAAAAUGGGAUAAUGUUAAUAAAAUUCGGGAGGUGAAGCCGCGGAGGUACUUGUUACUGUUUGGGAUGGUGAAGUUCCCACCGGAGAUGGACCUGAGAGACAUGAAGAGCCGCCAAUUCCGUCGCAAUUCCUCCAUGAUGUUUCCGUCGUUGGACGCAGCAGGGAAUUUCCCGGUUAAUCGCAAGACAAUUUGGAGGUUUCUCAAAGCGUUGAGUUGUAAAGAUUAUGCUAGUGUGGCCGUAACGACGCCGUUGUGCAUGCCACACGCGUGA